UCCCUUCUUAUUGCCUGUGUUUGAUCUGUCGCAGAGAGAGAGAGAGAGAGAGAGAGAGGGAUGGAUUGCUGCAUAUGCAGUGCAGUCCCAAUGAUUCUGAGGCCACCGAGGAAUACAAUAUGCGGGGCGUGCCACGAAGCAGCCAGAAGCCUGAUUGCCUUCGUCAACAAGCAGCUGGAAUCCUCAUGUACUGAUCAAAUGAAGGGAUAUUCUUCUUCUUCUCCUUCAAUGCUAGCUGUUAAUGACCUUCCUAACAAAUCAUCAAACGCUUCUUCCUUAGUUUCUCUCCACCCAAAUUCAUCCAAGGGAUUUGCAAGCGUAGUGAAAUGGGCAAAGGAAAUGAAGGAGGCAGAAGGGGAACUAAAGGAGAAAAUAGAUUUCUUGGAUGGGUUUGCUGCUGCCUUCAUGGAUCAAUCUCACACUGACAUCCAAAUCAAGCCCGGCGGUGACGGCCCUUCCAUUCCGGCACAUAAGGCCCUAUUGGCAGCAAGAUCUGAAAUCUUCAAGAACAUGUUAGAGGCAGACGGAUGCAAAGCCCCACCAAACGACACCGUAACUCUCCCAGAACUCAGCCACGAGCAGCUUCAAUCUCUACUGGAGUUCCUCUACAGCGGGAGCUUGGCGGCAGAGAAGGCAGAGAAGCACCUCUACUCUCUUUCAAUUGCGGCCGACAAGUACGAGAUCCCAUUCCUUCAGAGGUUUUGCGAACGCCGAAUGCUGGGGUCCUUAAACCCCUCAAAUGCUCUGGACGUGCUGGAGAUCUCCGAUGUUUGUUCCAACCUGCAGGCGUUGAAGGAGACAGCCUUGAAUUACGUUGUUGGGAACAUGGAAGACAUUGUUUUCUCCGCUAGAUACGAUGCCUUUGCGCUCAAGAACCCUCAUUUGAGUGUUCAGAUUAUGAGGGCGGCCUUGAUCGAUAUCAAAAAUAGAAAAAAUGGCGUGGUUUGAGAGAAAAAGAUCGAGAAAGAUUGUCCAGCAAGGGCAAGAUUAAUUAGAACCACCAACCAGGCAUUCUCAAAGUGCGAUCCAAAUAGUGAACCGCAACAUUUCAAGUUCAAUUUUUUACACCAUCAUCACGCGGCUGUGUGUCCUUCAGCAUUUUCCUUUUUUAUAAGUUAGAAGUCGAGAAGUAGCCGAACAAUUUAUAUAUAGUUAGACCCUUUCAUAUUAAAAAAAAUGUAGAAAUUAAUAUAAUCUAUGAUUAUUUAUUUUUCUUUGUAGAUAUGUUUAUAAAUCAAUGAAUAUGAAUAUUUUAAUUUAUACUA